UCGUCUCAUAGACGCAUACCGCAUACACAACGCAAAACAUAACGCAUAGUGUAUGUGUCACAUUAUCACAUUCCGACUUAAAACCCAAAAGUUGCUUAAAAGCAAAUCUGAAAACUACGUAAAACAAGUCAAACUUAAAAACUAUUUACAAAAUAAAGCAAUAGAAUGAGUAAAACUCUAAACGGCAAAGCUGCUGUUAUAUGCACAGCAUUUGCAUUUCUUUCAAUCAUCAUUGCAUUCACCACACCCAACUGGCUUGAAACCGAUGGAAAAUUGGAAAAUCCAAAAUUUGUCAAAAUCGGUUUAUGGCAGGUAUGCUUCCAAGGAUUUGGAGAUCCGCAUCAUUUGUAUGAUACUAAAUUUUAUGGUUGUUGGUGGGUGUUUGAAGAAGAAUAUUACAUAAUACACGAUAUACUCCUGCCAGAUUUCUUUGUUGCAACACAAUUCUUUUUCACAUUAUGUCUGACUUUAUUAUUAAUAGGAGGAUUCUUAACUGUAUUAUAUACAUGUUGCUCACAACAUCAUGAUAAAUAUCAGUUGCUUCUAUGGACAACUGGUGGAAAUUUGGUACUAGGUGGAAUAUGUGGUAUUAUUGCUGUUAUAAUAUUUGGUGCACGAGGCGAUGGCAGAGACUGGAUGCCCAAUUGGGAGCAUAAUAACAUUAGCUGGUCUUAUGCAUUAGCUGUUAUUGGUAGCUUUACUUUAGUUGUAGCAGGUACAUUGUUCCUGAUUGAAGGCCGUAGGCACAGAAAGAAACAAGAAAGAAUAUUACGGGAAGAACAAAAAACACAUACAACUAUUUAAAGUUAUAAAUACAAUAAUUUUUUAUAUGCUUUUGAGGAAAGAUGGAGGUAAUAAUAUAAAAAAAUAUUUUAUAUGUCUUUGUAAUAAAAUGUUACAUAAAUAUGCUGUAUUUAUUGUUUUGUAAAAUAAUUUGUAUGUUAACUUUGUUAACGAAUCCGUCCAUAGAAGAGAUUUUAGAUAUAAAUGGCCUUAAUUAUGUAAGUGAAAUGAAAUGUUAGAGAAUUAUAUGAAGAAUGAAGUUGAAUAAAGUAAUUUGUUCGAAAUCA